AGGGGGCAGUGUUUCUCUGUGACUACCUGUGUGCGCUGACAGGCUCUGACAAGGAAGUGAGGACCUGCAGGCUGUUAAGAUGGCAGCGGGCGGACUGAAGGCGGUAGUUGGGGAAAAAAUCCUUAAUGGGGUCAUUAAGAGUGUGCGCAAGGAUGGAGAAUGGAAGGUUCUCAUUGUGGACCACAUGAGCAUGCGUAUUCUGUCAUCUUGCUGCAAGAUGUCGGAUAUUUUGGCUGAAGGGGUGACCAUUGUGGAAGACAUCAACAAACGUAGGGAGCCCAUCUCUAGUUUGGAGGCCAUAUAUUUGAUUUCACCAGUGGAGAAGUCUGUUCGUGCUCUGAUUAACGACUUCAAAGAUGCGGCAUUUACAUACAAAGCAGUGCACAUCUUCUUCACUGACACUUGUCCAGAUGGUCUCUUUGCUGAGAUUGGGAAAUCCAGAGUUUCCAAGGUGGUCAAGACUUUGAAAGAGAUCAAUGUUGCUUUUCUGCCAUAUGAGUCUCAGGUGUUCUCCCUGGAUGACCCUUCAUCCUUGUACCAUUUCUAUAGUACGAAGCCUAAUGUGCAAAAAGACAAAAUGAUGGAAAAUCUGGCCGAGCAGAUUGCGACCCUGUGUGACACACUUAAGGAGUACCCUGCAAUCCGAUAUCGCAAAGGACCAGAGGAGAAUGUUAGACUGGCUGAGGAGGUUCACCAGCGCCUCAUUGCUCACAAAGCUGACAACCCAAGCAUGGGAGAGGGUGCAGAUAAGGCACGAUCACAGCUACUGAUCGUGGAUCGUGGGUUUGAUCCCAUCUCGCCUAUUCUACAUGAGCUUACCUUCCAGGCAAUGGUCUACGACCUGCUAGAUAUCAAACAGGAUAUCUAUACUUAUCAGACAACCGGCAUUGGGAAUGAAAAAGAGAGAGAAGUGUUGUUGGAUGAAGAUGAUGAGCUCUGGGUGCAGCUCAGACAUAUGCACAUCGCAGAUGUCACAAAGAAAGUAUCAGAGCUACUGCGCACCUUCUGUGAGAGCAAGCGAAUGUGCACCGAUAACGCCAACAUGAAGGAUCUGUCACAGAUGUUGAAGAAAAUGCCACAGUAUCAGAAAGAGCUUGGCAUGUACUCUACUCACCUGCAUCUAGCUGACGCUUGUAUGAAGAAAUUCAAGGCUUCUCUUGAUAAGCUCUGCGAAGUGGAACAGGACCUGGCAAUUGGAGCAAAUGCAGAAGGGGAGCCACUGAAAGAUGCUAUGAAAUGCAUUGUUCCUGUGCUUCUCAACCAAGAUAUUGAAGCUUAUGACAAAAUCCGCAUCAUCCUGCUGUACAUAUUUCACAAGAAAAAAGGCAUCGGGGAGGAGAAUCUGGUAAAGCUCAUCCAGCAUGCUAACAUACAGGCCGACAGCAACAUCAUCACCAACCUGCAAAACCUGGGCUGUAACAUCAUAGCUGGGGGUCGCAAUGCUGGGAACACGCUGCCAGAGCGAAAGGAGCGCAAAGAGAGCACAUACCAGCUCUCUAGAUGGACACCAAUCCUGAAAGAUGUCAUGGAGAGUGCCAUAGAAGACAAACUGGACAGAAAGCAAUGGCCAUUCAUCUCUGAUCCUGCUCCCAUCAAUACAACUCAGACUGCAGUCAGCAGUGCACGCUUUGGACACUGGCACAAAAAUAAGUCUCCAACAGAAUAUCGCACUGGACCUCGACUUAUUGUUUUUGUGAUUGGUGGGGCGUCCCACUCCGAGAUGCGUUCUGCUUAUGAAGUCACUCGCGCCACUGAGGGGAAAUGGGAAGUGUUGAUCGGGUCCUCUCACAUCCUGACUCCAACCAGCUUCCUCAAUGACCUCAAGAGUCUGGACCAAGUUCCUAAUCCUGAUUGUUAGAGAGCGACGACACUGAACAGGAAGGAGCACCCUGGCAAAGGGUUUAGUCUCUUAUUUCAGAUUAUCGGGUCAUCAAAGAGAAAUAUGAAGAGAAAUUUUAGCAGUAGCCAUAGAGGGAAAAAUUUGUGAAUCAUAAUUUUCUUUUAGAGCGUUAUUUUUAUCAUUUAUUUUGUCGUGUGGGAUCUGUACACUGCUGUGAUUGACACUGUAUUAAAAUAUUUAACAGAAUUGCUAAUAUUUAGAUUAUUGUACUAUUCUCAUUCAAAAUCUUAUUUUUGUUACUGUGUUAUAUUUGAUUUCCCUAAUUUUGUAUUCAAAAUCUGCAUAAUUUCAACAAAACUGGAUCGUCCCACAUACAAAAUCUUAUUCAAGUUUAUGUACAUAGGUCAAUGGAUGUUUGCAUUGUUCGUUUAGUGAAAUUAAUUGUGUGAAAUCUCUCCCCCUUGGAAAUUGAAUCUCAGACAAAGUGUCUCAACUGCUGUCGUAUGAUAUCUUGCACAUGCAUAAUAUGUUUAUAUAUUCCUGGGAGCAAGUGUGGUGGGUGUUUGUUUAUUUGUUGUUAAAAAUGAGCUAUUAAAGAAAUAUAAGAUUGACUUAAA